UGUAAAUGAGGACGUAGAAUAACUAAUGUGUCAGUAACCUGCAAUGAAAUGAGGAUGUUCGGUUUUCAAGGAUGUUUACUAAUUUUGAUGCAACUUUCUGUUGUAUUGAAAGGCAGCAGAGCUCAACAAGCUGUAAUGUACCCACUUACACCAGCAUAUGUUGAUUUGCACCAGCAUCUUAUAUUUAUGUGUAAAAUAUCACUACGCAAUAACUGGAGAAGUACAUCCUUUCACGACGAAACAAACAAUGGUGGUGCCCCCAGUGUUGGAUUGUUUUUCAAUGCAACAAACGGUUCUUGCAACAUAAGCUCUGUCUCGUUUUCAAAGUAUAAUGCGUCAUGUGAUUCUACAAAGGGGGAAUACAAUUUAACAAUUCUCGAUGUAGAUGAGCAAUACCAUAAUGCGUUCAUCCUUUGCAAAGCCCAAUAUGGAGUCGGAAAUAGUAAUGAUGUAUUUGCCUAUGGAAACACGUCAAUUUACGUCAGAGUACACUUGACAGAAAUAUUGCUAUCAAACACUACAAUCAUCAGCGAUGUCACCCAUGACACCUCUGUUGAAUGUAAAGUUACCAGUAGACCAGCUGCAUCCUUAACAUGGAUUAAAGUUAAUUCAGAGGGAACAGUCCAAGACAUAUCCUCAUCAUCGACAACAACUGUAUCCAACGGAAUAACAGGAGAAAUGGUUAACAGUAUACUGAACUUUCGAUUUACGGCAACAGAUAAUGGUGGCCUAAUUUAUUGUCAUGCCAAUAAUUCAAUAUCAACUAUAAAUUCCUCUUUUGUCGCUUUGAGUGUAUAUUAUCCACCUUCAGAUGAUCCAACUAUACAGCAGACACCUAAUCGACCAAUCAUUAGUGGGGAAAAAGUAGUUCUGACAUGUUCUAUAUCCGGUGGUUUUCCAUUACCUGUAUUGACAUGGAACUGUUCCGGUAACAUCACAAAGAACACUUCCGGAAAUACUGCUUUCUAUGCUAUCAUUUUUAUGGCUUACAAACAAGACAACGGGAAAAUUUGUACUUGUUCUGCCACACAUCCAGUAGCAGAGUAUAGACCACAGAUGCAUGCCACUCUUUACGUAUACUUUCCUCCAGAAAAGUUUCCCGUUCUUACGCAAAUACCAGAAGGCCAAGUUCAAACCGGCAGCUCUGUUUUGUUGGUUUGUUCCGUAAAUGGUGGUAAUCCUGUGGCAACAUUAACCUGGAAUUGUACUGGAGUUAUUAGUAUGAACUCAUCGGAAACAACUGCUAUGAGUUUCAUUGAAAUACCUGUUACUCAGUUUAACCAUAGAAUGGUUUGUUCCUGUUUGGCUACCCAUAUUAUAGACACUUAUAAACAAAUAGCUCAUCACCUUCUAGAUGUAAUUUUUCCACCAGACGUUAAUCCAACAGUACGACAAGCUACUCCUGGACCAAUAGAUACCGGAACAUCAGUUACAUUGAUUUGUUCUGUUCCUGGAGGCAAUCCGUUGGCUACAGUGACUUGGGAUUGUCAUGGUAUCAGUUCAAACACCUCGACAGAAACUGAAGCAGUGUUAGAAAUUGAGUUAACAGUGGACAAAAAUUAUAAUGGAAGAAUUUGUAGUUGUUCUGCUACUCAUCCUAUAGCAACUUACAGACCCACAUCUCAAAUUUCACUGGUUGUUUAUUUUCCGCCUAGUAAACUAAAUUUAGAAUUGAAACCUGAAAUGCCAUGGUUUGUCGGAAACAUAACAGAAAUAGAAUGUGUAUCUGAACCAGGAAAUCCAGAAUCAAUAUUCGAAUGGACUAGUGAUAAUAUGACAGUGGAUUUUAAUAUGUCCGCGUUAAUCAUAGGACCUCUCACGAAAUAUAACAAUGGGAAAGUAGUUAUUUGUACCGUUCAGAAUGAAUAUACCAAAAGACGUGGAUUGAUAUUGAAAUCAAAUGUUGUACAUACAAAUGUAGAAUAUUUUCCUGAAAUUUCCAUUGCCACUUUACCAUUAUUCGUGAACGAAGGUGACAAUGUGUCAAUUACGUGCAAUGUCUUUGGUAAUCCUGUUCCAAUAGUUACGUGGUUUCAACAGGACCAGAAUAUAACAAAACGUCAAAUAAACCAGUCCAUCCUUCAUUUGUUUGAUGUUGGUCGUUUAUUGAAUGAAGAGCUGUAUACAUGUAAGGCAUUCGCAACUUCUACAACAUAUGGUUCUCUUGUAGCGGAAAAUACAACAGAACUAGUAGUUUAUUAUCCGCCAGUCAUUACAAACCUCGAAGUUUUGAAUGGACAGACAGUAUCUGAAAAUGAGGCUGUUACAUUCCGAUGUGAAGUUGAAAGUAAUCCUAUUUCAAAUAUCACAUGGUUGUUUUUAAUUGAUCAGACGAAACUUAACGAAGAAAACAGUGUUCAUACCAGUACUUACACCAUACCCAAUACCAACUGUUUCCAUACAGGCACAUACCAAUGUCAGGCUGCAAACAACAGAAGUGGGGUUAUUUCUACAUAUGCCAAAGAUGUUGCUUUAAAUGUUAUGUGUUCACCGCGUUUAGAUACCCGAUAUCAAAGCCUACCCAAAAUAGUCGCUGUUGAAGAAAAUGGUGACUUAGAACUAUCUGCUCAUAUAGUAGCAUAUCCUUCACCAGAAAUUCGUUGGAUAUUUAUAAAUGAAGUCAAUUCCACAUCAGCAUUGGUUGGGAACGUAUAUGUUUCAAACUUGCAUAUAACAGAUUUUAAACAAUCGGAGUUUGGAGAAUAUACCUUGUUUUCAUUUAAUGACCACGGGAACCUUUUUGUAAAAGUAAAUGUUGUUCCAAAAGGUAAACCCAUGCCACCUUCUAAAGUAAUAGUGGUGUGUAAGAGUACAUCUGUGGCAAUGUUUUGGAAUUCUGAAUUUGAUGGAGGCGCUAGGCAAACGUUUAUGGUUUUAUAUUGGAGAACGUUAGACGGUACAACGAUUUCGUCAGCACUAGUAGAAAACCUAACUGAGAAGACUGUCAUCAAAGAAAUAUUGCCUGAUUCCAACUAUAGUUUUAUAGUUCAAGCUACAAAUAAGCAUGGAACCUCAAACUCUACAAUUAAAACGUGCAAGACUGACGUCAAAGAUCGCAAGCGUCAGAACAAAGAAAGUUUGAAGAACCAAAACCAGGGGUAUCUGAAGCCAGUACGGGAUGUUUCUGUUAGAUCAGCAAGAGACAAUGUUUAUCAGCUGCCGUUAAACCAACAAUAUGAAUCUAUUCGUCAGAGUGCUGUUGUUGAAGUUAAUGCGAAUCCUUCAAGGCCAAUAUACGAUGAGCCUGAACCUGAAAUAGCACAAGGAACACAUUACAUUGAUGCAUCUUCGUCAGAAUUGAAGAACAAAACACAAAGAAAUCCAGAUGAAACCAAUACAGAGAAACGAAGUGUGUAUACAAAUCAGGAAGUCCCGAGAGAUAUUUCCACUAUUCAAUCUACUAGCAGGACAGAUUCAAGUCACCUUUUUGAUACUAAUGCAUACGAGGAUAUGAGUACAGAAACAAAAGAUACACCACCAAUUGAAAAACCACCAAGGGCACACUUAUCCGACAGUAAUACUCAACUUUAUGAAUCAAUGAAGGCACGUUCAUGUCAAAAUGCUUCAAAAUCAGACCAAGGCAGGUAA